UGCCAUGUCGCGCCGACCAAUCAUGACCUUUGUUUGAGCUUGCCCUUGGCCGAGGUCAAUUUUGACCAGGUCAACAGGACCCUUAACCCCACUCUACAUCUUUAUCUUAUCACCUCUUCCCUUGGCUAGUCUUCCUCCCUGACUCGACGCCUCGUAUCCACGUGCACGUGCUCACCGUCGUUGUCGCUCGAUGACCAAUGAACCUACAGCAACCUCACGCCUAGUACGUUCAAAUUCGGCCGGCCAGUUGCCGGACCGAGGAGCCACUGCUAGAGAGCCCCUCUUCCCCGGCCCGUCUUCCUUCCGGCUCUCUCACACCCGUCAUCCAAUCAAAACAUGCACACAAAGCGGUGCGCGAGCGCACCUCUCUUUGUAGUUACCCGAGUCUAGCUAGCAUUCGUAUCGGUCUCACAACAACCACGAUAUACAAUAAAGAAGAAAAAACUGGAUCCACGUCGCUUGAAACUAGGUUCGCUUGCAAGAUCCGAGACAGAUCACAUCAGGUCAGCUCUCUAUCACACGCGGAGAUUCAAACCAUGUCACCAGCAGCAAUAAACAACAGCAUCAUACCAAUUACUAAGCAGAUGCAAAUUAGUACGAGUGAUUAUUGAUUAAGCCAUCAAUCAACCGGUUAAAAAAUUUAAAAUUAAUAAAUCCCGUACGUUGCCCUCGCGAUGGGAGUGGGCUCCUAUGCGUGCGGCUGCCAGGGCGGGCCCCCGACCGGGCGCUCUAGUUGGCGCACGUUUUGUUUUACCGCCUGGUCGUUACGCGGACUGGGAGACCGGAGGAGCCGAGCGCGUCCGCGUCUGGAGGCCCCACCCGCCAGCCUUACGCGCCGGAGCCUAUAUAGAGGCUCGGGAGAGACGAGUGAGCUCACUCUCACAGCGAACCAGAAUUCAAAAGGAGCACAGCCGAACAGACGGAAACAGGGGAAGGAGAGCAACAAACAGAAGGAGCCAUGGACGUGGAGAUGGGCGACAGCUUCGAGUUCUACUGGGAGACGCAGCACUACCUCGAGUGCGAAGAGCUCGUCCGCAGCAUGUACGUGGGCGGCGGCGCGUGCGAGGACUCCACGUCCUACUACGAUUCCAACUCGCCUGACGGCUCCUACUCGUCGUCAGCAGCGCCGGCGGGGGUGACUGCAGCGACCGCGGCUGGGGCGGGCGCGGGCGGUGCAACGGGGGCGAACAAGAACAUCCUCAUGGAGCGCGACCGCCGCCGCAAGCUCAACGAGAAGCUCUACGCGCUCCGCAGCGUCGUGCCCAACAUUACCAAGAUGGACAAGGCGUCGAUCGUCAAGGACGCGAUCGAGUACAUCGAGCGGUUGCAGGCGGAGGAGCGGCAGGUACUACAGGAGGUGCGCGCGCUCGAAGACGCCUCCGGAGCGGCGGGAGGCGCGGAGGACAACUAUCACUACGACGAGGGCCUCCUCGUGCCGGCGGAACGAAGGAAGAAGAUGAAGCGCGCAGAGUCCGUGCCGUCCAUCACCCACGGGAACGGCGCCUCACCGCCGGUCGAGUUCCUUGAGCUGCGCGUGUCGGAGGCUGGCGACCGCGUGCUGGUGGUGAGCGUGACGUGCAGCAAGCGCCGCUACGCCAUGGCCCGGGUGUGCCGCGCCAUCGAGGAGCUCCGGCUCAGGGUCAUCACCGCCAACAUCACCUCCGUCGCCGGGUGCCUCAUGCACACCGUCUUCGUCGAGGUUGAUCAAAUGGAUCAUAUCCAGAUGAAGGAGAUGAUCGAGGAUGCUCUCUCCCAGCUCGACACCGCUACACGCUGCCCCACAAGUUCGAUGAGUUAUUAGGAGUGAGGAGGAUAAUAAUUAUUAUGAAACAAAGUUCAGCCCUUGCUUUGUCAGGAUCUAGUUCGCCGCCAGCUCAGCACCUUCUUAACAAAGAUAUUUUGUGUUGCUAUAUGCUGCCCCUUUUUAACACCCCAUGUGUACAUGGGAGGUGGUUGUUUUGCUACGAGGCAGCAGUUCAUGAGGGCUUACAUAGUAGGCUAAAGUAAGUUUGGACUUCAUGUGAUAGGUCUCACGGUCAUCGCAUAUGUUAAUGAACUAUAAGAUAUGUAUGGUAAUGAAUAACAAGGGCACUCACCUUAUUGGAACA